CUUUUUUUGGGUGGUAGUCACAUCAAACACAUGGAACCAGAGAAUGACACCCAACUCUCAGAAUUCCUUCUUCUGGGAUUUUCCAACCAAGAUCCACGAAUCCACCCUCUCCUAUUCGGCCUCUUCCUGUCUGUGUAUCUGAUCACCGUGCUUGGGAAUCUGCUCAUUGUCCUGGCCAUCAAGGCAGAUCCCCAUCUACACACGCCCAUGUACUUCUUCCUCUCCAACCUGUCCUUCGUGGAUGUCUGCUUCACCUCCACCACUGUCCCCAAGAUGCUGCUCAACAUGCAGACCCACAGCCAAAGUAUUAGUUAUGCGGGCUGUAUUGCCCAGAUGUAUUUCUUGUUGCUUUUCUCAGGGUUGGAAAUUUUCCUGUUGACAGUGAUGGCCUAUGACAGAUACAUGGCCAUCUGUCACCCUUUGCACUACACAGUCAUCAUGAGCCACUGGCUCUGUGGCUUUUUGGUUCUGGGAUGCUGGAUUAUAGGCGUCUUGAAUUCCUUGCUCCAUACUCUCCUGGGGUUGCGGCUGUCCUUCUGUGCACACUUGGAAAUCCCUCACUAUUUCUGUGAACUCAAUCAGGUGGUCCAUCACGCAUGUUCCGGCACCUUCCUUAACGACCUGGUGAUCUAUGUCACUGCUCUGCUGCUGGCUGUGGGUCCCUUCACUGGUAUCAUUUAUUCUUACUCUAAGAUUGUGGCUGCCAUCUGUAAAAUCUCAUCAGCCCAGGGGAAGUACAAGGCCUUUUCCACCUGCGUGUCUCACCUCUCUGUGGUCUCCUUGUUUUAUUGCACGCUCCUGGGUGUGUACCUCAGCUCUGCGCUGACCCAAAACUCACACUUGACGGCCACAGCUUCACUGAUGUACACAGUGGUCACCCCCAUGCUGAACCCCUUCAUCUAUAGCCUGAGGAACCAAGACAUCAAGAGAGCGCUGAAAAUUCUCUUUUGGAGGGCAACUAGAAAAGAAAUGGUUGGUUCAUCCCAGUAG